GAGAGCGGCGGCUCAAGGACACCGAUUUUACUUGGCUGUUCUGCUGCAGCUGUUUCUCUGAUAUAUUUUUCUUUCUGUUACUUCAGUUUCAGAUAUUAUAUAUACCAGGUUAAUUUCAGUGACUUUAAAUUCCCUCUCGCUUUGAAAACAUUGCUGCAAGUUUAUUCGAAUGACAAUACGGUGACGUAGACUUCAAAGGAAUAUUUUAGAGGCAAGAUUUUUACUACAGUGCAUUUCUGAUUGUGUUAUAGAAUAGGAAGGCAAAGAGGAACAUAGCCCUACAAAAUUACUGUUGAAGUGCUUUUCAUAUCAUUUGCUAACAAGACCAUAAACAAGGGUUGUUUUCGUAUUUCAACGCGCGUGAAGUCAUGAAUCAAACUAGUGCUCCUCCGUUGAAUGACAUGCUGACUUCAAUACCUGAAGUGGAAUCCAUUUGCUUUGGAGUUAUCCUCUCUCUCCUCUCCAUCUUUACGCUUCUUGGUAAUAGUCUGGUGUGCCUUGCAGUUUGGAGAUUCAGGAAUUUAAGAAGCCUGACUAACUAUUUAGUUUGCAGCUUAGCUGGCGCGGACCUGUUAGUUCCGAUACUUCGAGUAAUUUACAUUAACAUUUCAGUUUAUGCAGGACAAUGGCCGUUUGGAGAAACAUGGUGCCACAUUUCUUCAAUGUUCGGCGUUCUUUUAUGCGGAGCUUCUAUCCUUCAUCUUUGUGCAAUCAGCAUUGAAAGACUUAUCGCGAUAAAAUGGCCGCUGUCCUACGACAUGAAGGUGACCCCAAAACGAAUUGUCAUUUUAUUGAUUUACAUAUGGCUGCAGUCGCUUGUGUUAGCGAUUUUUCCCGCCUUGGGUCUCGCUGAACACCGCUUUAACCCAGUCAUGGCAGAGUGUGAGAUAAACUGGCUGAAACACCCAACUUUAACCAUACUUUUGCUUGUAUUUUAUUUCUUUUUACCUGUUACAAUAAUGAUAGUUGCCUAUGUCAUCAUUUUCAAAGAGGUCCGCAGAAACACUCGCAGAAUUUCUGCGAUUGAGUGUGCUGGAAAUCAAGGAGCGAGCAACGUGUUAAAAAGAGAAAUGAAAGCCGUGAAAACGUUAGCUGUUGUGGUGGGUGUGUUUUUUAUUAUGUGGAUGCCUUAUUUUGUGACAACAACGAUCCGUGCCUUUGGAGGUGACAGCGCGAUUCCUGGAGCGCUCCAGAGAACUGUCAUCACACUGGCUUAUGGUAACUCGUGCUGUAAUUUCGUUAUUUACGCUCUCAUGAACUCUCAACUACGGAAUGCAUUCUAUCAAGUAUUGAGAGGUUGCUGUGGCAGGGACACAAGGCUGGAAUUGAAUUCCACCAGAGCUUUGCAUUUGACUGCAAUUGACACAAACAAAAAGACUAAAGCAGUCAAAGCGAAAAGAUAUCGAAAAGAAAAUUCCGAAGAAAAUGAUAAGCAAAGGACAGGUCGAGACAAUUAAGUAUUAUUUUAAUUUCAAUAGCAGUGUACAUAAUGCUGACAUAUUGCUUCCAAGAAAGAAAACGCCAUGCAAAACAAAGCCAUGGUUUUCAUUGUUGUUUCACGGUAAUACCGGUAAAUAUGCAACGUGCGGGUAAAAAAAGGUGGUAUUACUAAAAAAGAGAGAGUUCUCACGAGAUUUUACGAGAAAUUACAAAACACUAUAUGAGAAAAUUUGAGUUUCACAUUGCCUUGGAACGAUGAUUAAAACUGGAUUUCUCAGCGGGAUUAUCAUCUGUUUUUAUUAUUACAUUUGAAAGGCUGUUGCUGUAAUGAGAGAUUUCUUAAUUGCGCAGUCAGAAAUUCAACUCAAUGACUGAUUUCUUACGGCUUCAUAGUCUUAAUAACGAUUUUUCAGCUGUCCCCUGGUCACACUGACUUAACGUGGAAUGUGUUAAUUUCCUUUAAGAGGCGCAAAUUGUAACAGCAAACAGCAAACCUGCUGCUAAUCACCAUUGAGAUCCUUUAAUGUUUUUUUUAAGGUCAACAGCCCAGUAUAAAAAAAAAACACCGAAACUUGUUAUAUUGCACAACUUGGGGUUGUCGCCAUCAAAUAUUGUAUCACUUGAUGUUCUUUCCUCGCUCAAUCGUUUAGUUUGCUACCUUUGAUUCAGGAAACGAAAACUCAAUUUUAGCGAGAUUUUAGGUUUCAUUUCAUUUAAAACUCUCUUAACAGUAUAUUCCUUAGAAAACACCACAAGUAAAAGAAAGGAAAACUCUUUUACUGGAUUAUCAACUGAUCAUUACGUCAACAACUCGUACGGCCUAUGAAGCACGCUUUCUUACAUUUUUUUUUCCAAAUAGAUACGUAUAUUUUACCCAAGUGAGCCAGACAUGGAGCGCGCUGACUCCACACACACUCGUGUACACACACUUUAUUUCAAUUGAAUUUAGAAAUUAAUACAAAUGUAAAACUGAUCCGCUGGUAGCAUAGGGCUACUAGGCUGAACAGUUAUAAUCAGAUUACUGAAAAACACAAUAAUACAUGACAAAAAACUAGCGAGACAAAGAAAAUUGAAAAUAUUAAUAGUAUGUUGCCCGCGCCAGAUAACUUAAAGAAUAUACGACGAGAAAAAAAAAAACAUUUAGGCAUUAACCAUUUUAUCAAGUUGAGUAAAGAAAAGCAAGUCAUAAGAAGCUAUAAGACUUAGCAUUUGUAUUUCUUUAAGGCUGCAGUGAUUUGGGAAAUAUCCAUGCAAUCAUGCUGUGUUAGGCUAUCAUUCAGAAAGGAAUGAAAUUUAGCUUUAAACUGUUUUCUAGGGAGCUUAAAGAUGUGGUAUCUCAUUCCAUACUUUUGGCUCAACUCUUGAAAAUACAGUGGAACCCCGUUAAUAGACCACCUUCGGGCCAUGGAAAAUUGGUCGCAUUAACG